AUGACAUCGCCUCUGUGGCAGUGUCUGAGCGAUGGCUGUGAUGUGUGUAUCUCCUUUGAGCAGUCAGAAGCGCUGGAGGAGAGCAAGGCCCUGCAUGCUGCACUGUGCGCCCACGGAAACGUGACUGCGUUCUUGUGCGAUGCGUCGCCUGGCGCAAACACGGCAGCCAGCAUCGUGGAAGCCAUCGACACUUGCAAGCUCGUUGUCAUUAUGGGCACGUCGGCAUACGGCGCAGAGACAGGCAGCCCCAUCAACACGAACAAGCAGCUGUGGUUCGUCGUGUCAAACAACAAGCCGCUUAUCGUCGUCAAGAUGUGCGAUGCAUAUGCAACGCCGCACGCGCGUUUCCACCUUGCCAGCGGAGUUGUGCCGACACACGAGUGGCGGCUGGAGGCACGAGCAUCAUUGCACCCACAUCCGCCACCUCGCCUCGUGGACGCCAUCGUGGCAAGGAUCCGCGCGAUGCACACGCCACAAGCCACCACCAGCAGCCAUGGCCUCAAGGCGAUCACUUAUCGCAGCAGUCACAACAACGAAAGCAACAGCAGCAACAACCACGACACCGCAAACAGCGCCAGCACCACUACCACUGCCAGCAGUGACGACAGCAUCAGACACGACGCAGGUGAUGCAGACGGCAUUGCCACCAAGCGUGCCAAACUCACGAUUGCCGCAACUACCAAGAACACAGCUGCAAGCAGCCAUCAUGCCUGCACCACCACCCCCACCACCACCAACACCAACACCAACAACAACAACAACAACAACAACAACAACACCAACACCAACACCAACACCACCACCACCACCACCAGCAGCAGCACCACCACCACCAACAUCACCACCACCAGCACCACCACCAACAUCACCACCAGCAGCAGCACCAGCAGCAGCAGCAGCAGCAACAACAACAAUGACUACGAUGACGCUGGCGACGACAACAACGAUUGGGGCGACAGCGACGCAGCACAGGCGACACAGCCCACCACUGAGGUCACGCUGGGUGAGGAUGAGCAGGACGCCAUCCACCAUCUCGAGCAGAACGGCGCCAACACGCCUGCGGUCGACAUUGUCAAGACCAUGACAAAGACCUUCUCGUACUCGGCGGCAGUGCAGCAAGCGUGCUGCGCGGCACUGGCGAAGCAGGCGCAGGCCAGCGAGGCAAAGCGCGCAGCGGGGGCUGCUGCCGGUGCCGUUGACGCCCUGCUGAGUGCAAUGAGGCGCCACGCAGGCAGCGCAAGGGUGCAGGCGCAGGCGUGCUGCGCGCUGCAGAAGCUGGCCUUGAACAGCGGUAGCACCGUGUGCGAGAUUGUUGGCAAGGGCGGCAUUGAUGUUGUCCUGAGGGCCAUGCAGGCCAAGCGCAAGGCCAAAGAAGUGCAACAGCAAGGAUGCCAUGUGCUGGCGCUCAUCGCCUCAGAAAACGCCGUCAAUAAGCGGACAAUUGCAGUGCUGGGAGGCGUUGGCGUGCUGCUGCGUGUCAUGAGGAAGUGCACGUUGGCAAACGUGCGAGAGCGCGCGUGCGCUGCGCUGAUGCAGCUGUCCCUCCACGACGGCAACCAACAGUGCAUCGCAGACGAGGGCGGAAUUGAUGUCGUGAUGCGCGUAAUGCUCGACCACAAGCCUGAUGCGGACAUACAGCGAUGGGGGUGGCGCGUGCUGGGAGAGGUGGCAACUUCCAGCCCUGACAGUGCCCAGACUAUCGCAAACACCGCGUGCCGUGGGGCUCUCCUCUUGUGUGCAAUCGGCACCAACUGUGCGGAUGCCAGGCACUGUGCUGCCGCUUUGCGUGCGCUGACGCAGGUGGUGCAACGUAUCGGCAACGAACCACUGCUGCGUACCUUCUGCAGCGACAACAUGAUGGGGCUUCUGCUACGGGCGAUGGGCGUGCACGGCGACAACGCCGACGUGUACGCCUACGGGUGCAUGCUGCUGGCAGCGUUGGCAGAGGGUGACGACAAGCACGACAAGAUGCAGGUCACAAUUACGCGAAACGGUGGGGUCGAUGUCAUUCUGAGUGCGAUGAAGAGCCACAGCAGCAACGCAGAGGUGGUGGAGAACGCUCUCGGUGCACUCAACUCGUUGUGCUUCGACGCCCACAGUGCGACUGCCGUCGCAAGCAAGGGCGGAACUGAGGCUGUCUUGGAGGCGAUGAAGCAAUACAGAUGUGAGCAACCUGUGCAGGAGCAGGGGUGCUCUGUGCUAUCAAGGAUAGCGAACCACAACAACAUCAGCUUCGCCACAACCCAGCAUGCUGCCGACGCUGUGCUGGCGGCGAUGCACGUGUUCAUUGACGAUGGCGCAGUGCAGGCCCAGGCGUGCAGCACCCUGACCGCGUUGGCGAGGGACAACGCGAUUGCAGCGACAGUUGCAGGCAAAGGUGCAGUUGCUUGUGUGGUGCUGGCCAUGCAACGCCACAGCACAGACCCAGAGGUGCAGACACCGGCGUGCGAGGCGUUGUGGAGCAUGGCAUAUGACAGCAAGGCCAUCAAGAAGAAGGUUGCAACAGCGGGCGGCAUGGAUACCGUGGUGGCUGCCAUGAAGACGCACAGGAACAACGAAAAAGUGGUGUGGACUUCGUGUUCUGCAGUGGCUGCUUUGUGCGAGGGCGCCACCUCCACCACGCGCGCCCUGGCGAAGAGCGGAGCAGUCGCCGCCGUGUUGGCCGCAAUGGUGGCUCUCAGCGUCAGCGUCAAUGUGCAGAAGCGGGCAUGCGAAACGCUUGUGCUCCUCUCUGCAUAUUGGGUAUGCAGGAAGGAGGCCUUUGCGCAGGGCGGUGUUGAUGUGGUGCUGGAUGCAAUGAAGAGGUUCGCCAACAACGGAGACAUGCAGGGGCGCGGGUGCGAGGCGCUGGGUGCGCUGGCCGGCAACUCCUACGAGAGGCGCACGAUUGCAGACAAGGGCGGCAUCGACGUGGCGCUGGCUGCAAUGCGAACACACAAGAGCGACCGGCACGUUCAGAGCGAGGCGUGCGUGAUGAUGGGCGCCAUUGCCACCGACCGCGCUGUUGCGCAGCGCAUUCAAGCGAGCGAGUUUCCGCAGCUUUGUUACGACGCGUACACCACGUUGGAUGGCUUGUCGUUUGAUAAGCACGAUCUCCGCGCCAAGGGCAUCUUCUAG